CUCAAGCAUAUUGCAGCUUUCAUCGACUCCCUCAACAUUGCUGUCGUCGCCCGCUUGCUCCCUCAAAGUCAUCGUCGUCGCAUCCUUACUGCCUCAACGUCCGCCGUCGCUGCGUCUGUACUGUCUCAACGCCGACAUCGCCUUGUCCUUGCUAUCUCAACGCCACUAUCGCAGCCUCCUGCUGCCUCAACGCGGCCGCUGCUUCCUCCGGCUUGAUGGCACCAAGAACUAGAAUUGGACGUAUGUCUGAUGGGUUGGAAUCAAACCAGUCAAGAAGAGAUUUAAGCAACACUCAAACCAAUAUAGUCUCAGACAAUGGUAUCAAGAAGAAUGUACGAGGGCCAACAUUUAUGCGAAAAAUUUGGGCUCGAGAUAAGCAAGAGGCUAUUCAAGUUGAAUUUAAUGACCUAGGGCAACCUAUUGAUGAAAAGUCAUCAAGUGAAUUAGCUCACUUCUUGGGGGCUAUAGCACGCAAUGGAAGAUACGCACCAUUACAUUAUAAGAAUUGGAUCAAAGUACCUCAAACUUAUAAAAAAGAGAUGUUGACCCAAGUUCAGGAAAAGUUUCAGCUUCCUCCUGGUCAAGAGGAUUGGAUAUUGAAAUCUAUCGCCAAAAAGUGGAGAAAUUGGAAAUCUUUUGUGAAAACAAACUAUUAUGAUCCAAAUGUAUCUCUUGUUGAACAAAUGAAAAAUGUUCCUAAAAGAGUUCAUGAAGACCAAUGGAAGGAGUUGGUAACUUUUUGGAAUUUUGAUGCAUCAAAGAGAGUUAGUGAUAGAAAUAAAGUGAGUCGAGGACAUCAAAAAAUGGUACACCGAAAGGGUAAGAUGAGUUUCGCUAGAGUGGCAGAGAAAAAGAAAAAGGAACUUGGCUAUUACCCAUCACGUUCUACCUUGUUCAUUGAGUGUUACUCAAAAGGUGAAACUCCGGGAAAUGAGGCAGCUAGUCAAGCAAUGGAAGCAAUGCGUGAGUUAACUAUUAAUGCUCCAGAAGGUCCACGAAAUGACCAAAAUGAAAAUGAUAUUUACUCUCAAGUUAUGGGAAAGGAGAAAGCUGGGCAUGUACGUAUGUAUGGCUUAGGUGUUUGUCCUUCAGAUCUUUAUGGUCCAAUACCUAGUCGUGCAACGUCUCAUAGACUUGCUAUGAGUUAUAAGAAUGAAUUGGAGAUGAUGAAGGAACAAUACAUGAAUAUGAAUGAGCAGCUACAAGAAUUGAGAGCUAUGUGCAUGGAAAAUAGAGAAACACCUAGUAAUAGUCAUCCUACGCCAUCUUCGAACCCUUCUAAUCUUGUGUCAUCUCUUCAGAGCAAUAUGGGUUUUUCUUCACCAACUUCAACUCGCCAACCAAUUCAAGUUCAAAAUAGAGUUUGUUUGAAAAGUAUAAAUGACCCAACUCAAAUUGUAGCAAAGGAAAUUGUCCGGAGUAUUGAUCCAUCCACAGAAGUUGGUGGAUCACGACUAAGACCUAAUUGGUGUGAGGUACAUAUUCAAGUGGCAGUAGAGUGGGAUGAAGAAUUGAUAAGAAGAUAUGGAAUGUUCGAAACCAUUGGAGAUGCCCUUGGAGCACAUGUUGCAUGGCCAUUGUUCUUGGUUGAACGUGAUGAAAGUGAUGAUUAGAGUUCAAUAGAUCAUGGAGAUUAGUUGUUUUGUUAAUUUUUUUUUUUUGGUGUUAUAAUGGAUGACAAAUGAUGAUAAUUGUUAGAUUUAUGGAUUUUUGGAGUAAUUCUUUUUUUGACAAAUCAAUCAUAGACCAUGGAGUAUUGGUUUUGUAUAUGUAUAUGUGAAGUGGUUUUAUUAUGUGGUUUGGAUUACUAAAUUAGAUGAAGAGAUUUGUGUCUAUGUUGGUUGAUAUCAGGUUUUAGAAUUCAAAAAUUUGUUCACCAGAUCAAUCUA